AUGUACCAGAUUGGCAACAUCUACUUCAUCACGGCCAUCGCCGUCAUCGGUGGUGGCCUGUUUGGUUUCGAUAUCUCGUCGAUGUCGGCCAUCAUCGGCACUGACCAAUACAAAUGUUACUUCAACGAAGGAUCCGGCCCACCUGACUGCUCCGGUCCUCACUCAAGCACUCAGGGUGGUAUUACUGCUGCUAUGCCCGGUGGUUCGUUCCUCGGUGCCCUUGCCUCUGGCUUCUUGACCGACAUCUUUGGUCGUAAGAAGGCCAUUCAAAUGGGUUCCGUUAUCUGGUGCAUUGGCUGUAUCAUUGUGUGCGCGUCGCAAAAUAUUGGCAUGCUUGUGGUCGGUCGCUUCAUCAACGGUGUCAGUGUCGGUAUUUGCUCUGCCCAAGUUCCUGUUUAUGUCGCCGAGCUUGCGCCUCCUAGCAAGCGUGGCCGUGUGGUCGGUGCUCAACAAUGGGCCAUCACAUGGGGUAUCAUGAUCAUGUUCUACAUCUCUUAUGGAUGUAGCUACAUCAAAGGGUCUGCGGCCUUCCGUGUCCCAUGGGGCUUGCAGAUGAUUCCAGCCAUCAUCCUUGGAUUCGCGCUCUUCUUUACCCCCGAAUCUCCAAGAUGGUUGGCUCGCAAGGAUCGCUGGGAAGAAGCUCACGGCGUUUUGGCCCUCGUCCAUGCCAAGGGUAACCGCGAUGCACCUUUCGUCUUGAAAGAACUUCAGGAAAUCCGUGAAUUCGUAGCGUUCGAGGCCCAGACCAAGGACGUUUCUUACCUUGAACUCAUCAAGCCGAACAUGGUCUACCGACUCCACGUCGGUGUCUUCACCCAGAUCUGGUCUCAAUUGACAGGAAUGAACGUGAUGAUGUAUUAUAUUACAUAUGUCUUCGGCAUGGCUGGCUUGACGGGCAACACGAACCUGAUUGCUAGCAGCAUUCAAUAUGUCAUCAACGUUGGCAUGACCAUUUUCGCAUUGGUCUUUAUUGACCGUUGGGGACGUCGAUGGCCAUUGUUGAUCGGUUCAACCUUUAUGAUGACUUGGAUGUGGGCCAAUGCUGGCCUGCUGGCUUCCUACGGCAGCCCAGCGCCACCUGGAGGUGUUGGUGGCGUUCCUGAAGAGUCGUGGCAAAUCAGUGGUGCUCCUGCUAGAGCAGUCAUCGCCUGCACCUACCUGUUUGUGGCUUCCUUCGCACCAACUUGGGGUCCGGUCAGUUGGAUAUACCCUCCGGAGCUGUUCCCUUUGCGACUGAGAGGCAAGGCUGUUGCCGUCACGACUGCUUCGAACUGGGUCUUCAACUUUGCCCUCUCGUACUUCGUCCCACCUGCCUUUGAAAACAUCAAGUGGAAGACUUAUCUCGUCUUUGGUUGCUUCUGCACGGCCAUGACCAUCCACGUCUUCUUCUGCUUUCCCGAAACCGCUGGCAAGACCCUGGAAGAGGUCGAUGAGAUUUUCAACAGUGGUGUCAAGCCAUGGAACACUCAUGUGGACUUCCAUCGUGUCCGCAGAGAAGAACAAGGUGACAUCGACAUGGAAAAGAAGUUGAGUCUUGGUGGCCAACACCACGAGAACACAGAUGUCGCCAACGCUACCACCGAAACUCAGACCAUUGAGAAGCAUGAAGCUGCAUGAGUGAAUCAUCUCGCGAAUGUGCGUACAUGGUCUCGGGUUUAACCGAGACACAUUGCCCAAGUAAUUGAAUUGAUCUCAUGGACCGGACCAUAGCUAUGAUCGAGGUCGAUAUGGAUGGACAAUAGCCCUCAGAAGAGACGUAGGAGGAUG